AUGAGGAACAACGAUGAAGAUAUAGCUAUUGUUGGAAUAGGAUGUAACUUCCCUGGAGGAGAAGGCAUUGAUAAUUUCUGGGAAGUCCUUCUUGAGGGAAGAAACUGUGUGGAUGAUAUUCCAGCAAAUCGCUUCGAUACAAAGUUCUGGCAUGACACUGAUGACAACAAAGCAGGAAAAAUGAUAAGUUUAAUUGAAGGGUUCAAUGAGUUUGAUCACAAGCUCUCAGUGCUCUCAAGCUCUCAACAGUGCAAAAAGUCUCAAGUCUUCUCUUUAGGUCUCGUGAAUCGUGAUUUUGAGGGGAUUUCAAACAGUGACGCUGACAAAAUCACCUAUUAUAACGGGACAGGGUCAGCAAUGAGUAUUGCGGCAAAUAGGAUUUCUUUUGCUUUCAACCUUACUGGACCAUCACUGGCUAUUGAUACAGCGUGCUCCUCAUCGCUUGUUGCUUUACAUUAUGCUGCUCAGGCGAUCAAGCAAGGUGAUUGUGAGAUGGCAGUUUGUGGGGGUGUGAGCUGUAUUAUUGAGCCGAGAAUCAAUGUAGCACUCAGCAAAGCAAAAAUGAUAUCUCCAGAUGGAAUGAGCAAACCAUUUUCCAACAAAGCCAAUGGGUACGGAAGAGGUGAAGGUUGUGGCAUUUUGCUGUUAAAGCCGCUCGCAAAGGCUCAGAAGGACCACGACCAUAUUUGGGGUGUAAUAGUCCGUAGUGCAAUCAACCAGGAUGGCAGAGCAGUCACACCUAUCACCAGACCCUCCCAAAAGCAGCAAGAAGAGUUACUGAGGGGUAUUUACCCCAGAAGUGUUGACCCUUCACAGAUUCAGUACGUGGAGUCUCAUGGAACCGGAACACCAGCUGGUGAUCCGAUUGAAGCAGCCAGCAUAUCAAGUGUUAUUGAACAAUCCAGACACUCAGAUUUCCCUCCACUUACAAUGGGGUCAGUCAAAGGAAACAUUGGUCACACAGAAUCAGCCGCAGGAGCUGCAGGUUUAAUUAAAGUUCUCCUCAUGAUGCAUCAUGGAAAGAUUGUACCAUCACUCCACUACUCCAAGGAGAACUCGAGCAUCAAUACAAAAGAUCUGAAUCUACAUAUUCCAACUAGUGUGGUGAACUGGGAAGGAAGCGGGGAGAAAGGGAAGAUGGCAGGGAUCAACUCAUUUGGAUUUGGAGGGACAAAUGCUCAUGUAGUUGUAAGGCAUUUCAAGCAAGAUUCUGGUCAAAACUCUGUACAAAGACCAUUUGAAAUAUUUGUACUUUCCGCUGUCUCCCAGAAUUCAGUGAGAAUGAUGAUAAAGGAUAUAAGUAACCAAAUAAUGGAAAGUGACGAUGUAAUUCUUCACAACCUGGCGUACACAUCUGCAUGUAGAAGAAGCCAUAAGAAUUACAGAUACAGGAAAGCAUUUAUUGCUUCUUCCCUUGGGCAUCUCCAACAGCAGCUUAGAUCAGCUGUAGAUAGUGAAGUGGCUCAGAGCAAAGCUGAUGUUAAAUUGAUAUUUGUGUUUUGUGGCAACGGUGUUUUAUAUCAAGGUAUGUGCAAACAGCUUCUACAAAUAGAACCGAAGUUCAGGGCACAGAUCAAUGAGAUAGACAGGAUGCUCCAACAAUACACAGACAUCAGCUUAAUGGAGUUAAUAGAGAAUGACUGUGAUGACUUCACAAAACCAGACGUAGCACAGCCAAUACUCUUUGGCAUCCAAGUAGCAAUAGUGACUCUUCUGAAGUUUUGGGGAAUUGAGCCUGACAUUGUCAUUGGACACUCAGUUGGAGAAAUAGCUGCAGUAUAUUGUGCUGGAAUACUUUCAUUGCAAGAUGCUGUAAAGGUGCUUUACCACAGAAGUGCUUUACAAUCAACGGUAACAGGAGGGAAAAUGUUGGUGGUCAGUAAUUUGCCUGUGAAAAAAGUGUCAGAUAAGCUUGAUUCCUAUUCAGGGAGACUCUGCAUUGCUGCAUUCAAUAGUCCCUCGUCAUGCACAGUGUCAGAAGAUGCCGAUGCAAUAGACAAACUGCAUACAGAAUUACACAGUUCAUUUGGUGACAAAAAUGUAUUCCUUCGCCUUCUGGAUGUCCCUGCAGCAUAUCACAGUCAUUUGAUGAAACCAAUUUUAAACCAAGUGGAAGAGAGUAUCAGUAAUUUACAGAAACAUGAUACAAGUUCCACUGACACUGUAAAGUUGGUUGCUGGAAAUGACUGUGUGACAGGGAAGUAUUGGUCCAGAAACAUAGAAAAACCUGUUCUUUUUGAACAAGCCAUUAGAGCUGCUGUUGAGGAGGUAAAAGAUGCUGUGUUUAUUGAAAUAGGAUCUCGAAGGGCCUUACAGAGAUACAUCAAAGACAUUGUAGGAAAUGGGGCUCAGGUUUUCCCUGCAGUGCAGCCACAAAGAGAUUAUGAAACCCUGCUUUCAGUUUUGUCAGGGCCUUUCCAAAUGGGAUACAAUCCUAAUUGGCAAAAUAUCUUUGAGGAAUGUGAGAUAGUUCCCACAUUUUAUCCGUGUUAUAAGUUUGAUUGCUCUAAGCUUAGCAUUGAGCUUGCCUUAGCAUCUACCUUGGCAAGUAUUAAACCAAAGAUACCCCUCAGGUUGUGCCAAUUGAGUAUUUCUUUCUUGAAUCCCUGUAUUGUGCAGCCAAACUCAACAGAGCUCAAGGUCCAACUUAACAGGGAAGACAAAAUGACUGAAUUUUCUGUUGUGGCAUCAGCUGUUUCUUACGCAAAAGGAGAAGUUCAACAAAACAUGGAGUACGUGGUUGAAGCAAGUGUUCUUUCAGUUGAGCAGAUUUUGUAAAGAGACAAUAUAAGAAUUAAGGCAGAAAGUAUUUAUGAAUCUAUUUCUAAAUUAGGUUUCCAGUAUAGUUCAGUCUUCAGAAACCUUGGAGAUGUGUUCUGCUCAGAUGAACUACAAGAAGCUAUAACAUAUGUUAAAGUACCAGAUGAACUUGUCCCACAGAUGCACGAGUUUUGCAUUCAUCCGGUUAUCUUAGGUUACUACAUGCAAACGGCUGCUAUUCUGGCAAUGAAAAUGUCAAAUCUGAGGGCUGGAUUUCCAACUUCCAUUGGGAGUUUGGUGGUAUGUCAACCAAUGCAACAGGAAAUGAUAAUAUACAUGAGGACCUGUAAAAAUACAGUGGAAUUUUAUGACAUUUCUGGGGCAUUUACAGAUAGAAAGGGUACAGUAAUUGCUGAAUUAAAAAACGUCAGAAUUACAUUUCUUGGGCAAGGCAAUUCCACAGGAUUUAAUGAUAUUUCCUAUGAAAACUCCUGGGAGGAAAUUGAUCAGCAUGCCAAAGAAGUAGAUAUUCGUUCUACAUCAAGAUCAUUAGUAUUUGCUGAUAACAUUGGGAUUGCUAAAGGUCUGCAAAAGCACCUGCAUAAGCAGUCCUUUUAUGUUCCUUACCAGGAUCCAGAGACCUUGAUGGAUAGAGAAGUCACACAGAUUUUGCGACAGUACAAUGUGACUGAUUUGAACAGCUUUGAUGAAGUGUUGUUCUUGUGGGGCAUGAAAAACAUAACUAACCAGAACAGUAAAGCAGUAGUGGACCAUGUCAGCAGUUGCUGUGAGUUCCAUCGGCAAAUACUUCUACUGGUCCAAGGAAAAAAAUCCUCAAAGUCUGUUAGAACCAUCACCUACAGGACAUCUGAAAAUGCAGUGGAUCAAAUCACUGCAGGUUUUGCCUUAUGGGGAAUGACCAGAUCAUGCCUUGUAGAACUUCAAGAGAUUUCUUUUCAGCUGAUAGACAUUGGCUCUGCUAAUGAGGCAGAUAUUGCAGUUUUAGCUAAUGUAAUCAGCCUGCCUCAUAAUUACCCUGAAGUAAUGAUUCGACUCGGAAAGGUACAUGUUUCAUGUGUCAAACGAGCAACUUCUAUAAAUUUGAACAGUAUUUUCAGCAUUGUACCUUACACUGGUUAUGAAAAUGUAGUAUUCCAGACAACAAAUCCUUACAAAGUUGUAGAUCUUCAUGCAAAGCCGCAAGAAUGGAAAAUGACGGAACCUGUAAAACAAACAGUUUAUGUUAAAAUUGAUGCAAUGUGCAUUCAUUCUUCAGAUUAUUUUCCAGUCAGUGUCUCUGCUGUGAACUUUGGACAGACGUUGUACUGGAACACAACUGUAACUAAAGGACAUGAGCUAAUUGCUCUGGACUUCAGUGGUACGGUCACAGCAGUCAGCAAAGAUGUGAAGUCCUGCAAAGUAGGAGAUCAUGUUGUUACGUGCUACCCCGUUGCUGCAUUUUCAACAGUGAGUCUUCCUGGAUCUGUUUGUUUCCAAAGCAGCAACAUUCCAUUUCUGAAGCAGACACCCUGUGUUUCAUACUUCAUACUUGCCUGGGAAAUACUCAAUAACAUUUUACCUUCUCCUAAGCAUCACAAGUGCUUGACAAUUCUCUCCUCCAGCCCAGAAUCUCGUCUCAGUAAAGUGCUGUCUCUGACAGCUGAGUCAUUGGGCUGGAAAGUACAGGUUCAAACAGAACCUAGUGACUUUUCACAAACAUAUCCUCAUUCCGAUGCAUUGCUUUUCCUGCCACCUGUUAAAGCAGAUCUAGUCACAAGGGUUGGCUAUGUUGUUGUUCUCUUUGACAACAACCACGCAUUUGAAACUUGUCAGAACAUUCUUGGUUAUGAAAAGGAAAAUGUCCAAAUUCAUUUCUUGAAGGUAGCUAACAUACUGAAAAAGUGUUAUCUGAAAAAAUCUGCUGAUGAUGUUUAUAAGUGGAUGAGAUCGUUGCGGUUACAGAGGAAACGGCUUGAUUUUCCAAGGAUUAGUUUUCACUCAGUGACCUGUGCUGUAGGUGAACGUGGGGAAGACUCCUACUUCACCUGCAAAGCUGUCUCAGUUGUGGAUCUGAAUACAAAUGAUAAGAUUUCAGAGAUACCCGUGUACCACAGUCUCAAACAACUUUUUCAUAGAGAUGCAGCAUAUAUCAUGACAGGGGGACUUUCAGGACUUGGCUUUGAGACAGUAAAUUUUAUUGCCAAACAUGAGGGAGGAUAUGUCAUUAUUUUGUCACGAAGCAUUCCAACUACUGAAAAGCAAGAAGAAUUUAAAAAACUCUGGAAAUAAUUUGGGACAACUGUACUUAGCAUUACCUGUGAUAUCUCAGACUUGUCAAAUGUUGAGUUAGCUAUCAAUCGUUUCCUUCAUUCCUUCCCAAAGAUCCCAAUUAAAGGAGUGUUUCACAGUGCUGUUGUAUUACAUGAUGCCCUCAUGCCAGCUCUAAAUAAAUCAUUGUUCGAUAAAGUGUUGGGUCCAAAGAUUGCAGGAGUUCUGAAUCUUCACAAUACAACAAAAUCCUUCCCACUGGAUUACUUUGUCUGCUACUCAUCAGUUGCAUCAUUCAUUGGGAAUUCUGCCCAGGCAAACUAUUCUGCAGCUAACUCUUUUCUUGACAUUUUUGUGCAUUACAGGAGAAAUCAGGGACUGGUAGGGCAGGCUAUCAACUGAGGUGCACUGAACCUUGGCCUAUUACUCAAUAAGGAUAGCAUCCAAAGAUUUCUGGAAUCAAAGGGGAUAAUGAUUUUGGAGAUUUCAGAAACUAACCAAUGUCUUGAACAAUCCCUCGUACAAAACAAUCCACAGCUUGCUCUCUGUAAAUUUAAUUUCUCCGGUUUGCAUGCUAAUGUUGUUUCUCAAAUUCCAGCUAUGAAAGCACGAUUUUAUUCCCUUGUGAAAGAUGAAAUCAGUAAAUCACAGAUCAAUCCAAUGGCAGAAUUACCCAAUAAUUCACAAAAGACUCCCGAGGAGUAUGUUAUUGAAUUGUUGAGUGAAGUCAGCAAUGCUGAUCCUACAGAGUUCACUAAAGAAACUUACCUUUUCAGCUUUGGUCUUGAUUCCAUGCUGAGUAUGACAGUGCAAAAUUGUAUUUAUCAGGAAAAUAUUAAUUUGCCAUUAGUGACAUUUCUUGAUCAAAAAACAACUGUAGGUAUUGUCAUGACAAUGCUUGAAGAGCAGAGGUCUAGCUAG